UAGUAGCUUAAGAUAACAUCGUUCCGACGCCAUAAAAAAUCUACAUUCAAUCCGAAAGGUUGGCAGACUCUACAGAAAUGAAAUUGGAAGCCCUCUGUUUGGAAGACCUAAAGGCAUUUCAAAAUCUCUAUAAACAAAAUUGGCCCAAGUAUUGCCAGGAGUAUUACUGCCUGGAUAACUUUAUUGAAUUUCUUAAGAAAGAACCCCACAUCAAGAACUUGAAGCUUUUUACGUUGGAUACAACCCAGGCCAGAGAGAACGGUCUUUUUAUAAUAGAGGACCGCUAUCAGCUCUUUGUGGGAAGUCUGAACAACACCGAUGGGCUUCUACAAAAAGCCUUGGAUUUAUUGGACUGGUCGAAUGGCUUCAAGUGCAGUUCGAUACCAGAGCGGCACAUCUACGCCUUGGACCAAGUAGUAGAGUCCAAGAAGCUACGCUUGGUAUUCAGGGAUUCAACUGAUCUUUUUUAUAUGCCGGCAAAGGAGGCCCUCAAACUAAGAGUCGAACCACCGAGCGGAUUUUAUUUCAAAAGAUUGAGCGUCGAAGACGCUCCGUUGGUAAAUGAUGAAUGGCCCAAUCAUCACUUAGGUUCGUUAUACUUUAUAGAGAGACAGAUUCGGAUGUGUGUCAGUAUAGGACUGUACCAUGAAAAAAGUCAGGAAUUGGUGGCAUGGUGCAUAAGGUUACAAGGCGGUUUUCUUGGUGCCUUGCAAGUCAAGGAAGCUUAUAAGCGCCGAGGAUUUGGUAGUCUUGUGACAAGAGAAAUAUCUCACCUGCUUGCCUCCCAGGGUCAUGACGUGAUGGCGUUGGUAGGCCCCACGAAUAAAGCCUCAUCCGGAAUGUUCACCAAGCUAGGCUUCACUGUCAUCGACCAAUGCGUUUGGCUAAGAACAGAGCCAACGAAUGGACCCUUCGUCUGGCCCGAAGGAGAAUAGGUACGAUGGUGCGAUGAUAUUCUUGUACAAGUAUAAGUCCAUUUUUGAGACUUACCUGCAUUGGGAAGUUUUAUGUCGUUUUUUAUGCACU